UUGAAAUCCACGAAGCUGAACCAGGAACUACGGAGAGAGUCUUCCCCUCUUUUAAGUGCGCCCGCCCCCUGCGCAGUCUGUGAUUGGUCGAGCCUUUCGGUUUCUGUGCUGUGAUUGGAUAAUUCGCAGACUGUCUUAACUUCAGGUGAAUAAAAGAUGGGGAAAAAGGAUGCAAGUUCUGUCAAGUUGCCGGUCGAUCAGUACCGUAAACAGAUCGGAAAACAGGAUUACAAGAAAACCAAGCCGGCUCUGCGAGCCACUCGGCUGAAGGCGGAGGCGAAGAGAAGUGCUCCGGGAAUCAGGGACACCAUAUUGAUCGUUGUGGCUGUCUUGGUCUUCCUGCUAGGCGUCUAUGCGUUCUUCUACCUCAACCUGAGCACCGAGCUGGAUCUGGACGCGGACAUGGACUGAAGGACUUUUCUCACAGACGCCAUCUCAGAGUGGCUCAACCCAUGAACUACUCAUGUGCCAGCAGUUUGAUAGUAUUAUACAUUUCUUAUCUUUGUCCCUUUUUAUAUCAGCGGAAGCUGAAAGAAGAUGAGUCUUAAAGUGCAUAGAAUUUUUUUUUUUUUUCCCCAUGCAGCGUUGAUAAUCCUUUCUGAUUAUUAAUAAAGCUUCACAUAUGUCCCACAGCUUUGGGAUUUAAAGAACCAGCUUGUUUUCCAUUUGGAUCUUUUAGUUUUAAAGGAAUAGUUCACCCAGAAAUGAAACUUCUGUCAUCUUUAACUCGCUCUCAUGUCUUUUGAAAUGCAUUUGGCUCUCUGCGUGAAACUCCAAAAGGAGUUUUUUUAUAUCAUAAUUUCUAGGUUGUUGUUUUUGUAUAUAAUCAAAGACUAGAUUUUCACUGUAUAACAAAUAUCAGUGACAGAGUUAUUAUAUGGCUUCAUGAAACUUAUAUGGUGCUUUGAAUCGAAGUCUUUGUUGUCCAAAUUUAUUUCCAGCCCCACAAUAACACAUACUAUUAAUACACUUAAUUUUACAGUCCAAAACAACAACCACAUAAAGCAUACAGAAUCUUCAUGUCCCAAGGACUACAGACACAUAGGAUAUAAAAUAGAUUUAUGAUAAUACAUUUUACAGCAAUUUAUAAUAAAUUUGAUAACAGCAAUUAGUUGCAUAACAUGCUGUACAUUCAUUUAUUUAAUAAAAUAAUGGCAGAUGGUAUAAUAUUUUUGGCCCAACUUCUAAACGUCUUAUUUUUGUUCCAAGUCAUAGGGGUUUAGAAUGACAUAAAGGUGAGUAAAUGAUAAGUACGUUUACGUUUUUAUGGUGAACUAUCCCUUUAAUCAUUUCCAUUUUGAGGUUGUGCAAAAAUUGGAUUCAAAUUGGUUGGAAUUGUAUUACAUAAUCUACUGAAGAGACAGAGGGAGGGAAAAAAAUCUGCAUCCUGUCAAGAAAAUAUGUGAAAUGAGUGAAGCAGGCAAGAAGGUAUAUUGCAUUCCAUACCGCAAGCACUUCUCACAGAUGUAGACAUCUCAAUGCUGGAGAUCAGAGGCAAUCUAUGAACGUGUUUGUCUGUGUAAAGCUGACGUUCUCCGUCUCGUUUCUCGUCAUCGUGCAGCUCGUUACUAGCAUAUCAAACAUCGCGAACCUUGGUUAUCGAAAGCCAAAAGAGCGUCAGUGAAGAUACCAAACAUUAACACGUAGACCUUGAUGUGCUCUCCGCUUUUGUGCGAGUGUGUGACCUCUAGAGACGUGGAAACGGCACUUGAAGCAUUAUCAAUCAGCGUGAGGUGCUGUUACUGUUAGCUAGCGUGCAUCUUUUGAUCUAUCUCCGAAGAUAAAACGCAUGGCCCUGCCUCGGUCUAUGACAUCCAGCGCUUCCUUUACACGCUGCUGGGUGAGUGUGUGUGUGUGUGUGUGUGUGUGUGUGUGUGCAUCCGUGGGAGUGAGACAGAGUCGUAGGGUGGAAAAUGAAAGGCUGAAGCUGAUGACAUUCAAAGUUCAUUUACAUUCUCUUUGUAUAGCGCAUUGGAUCUCGUACAAACGCACAGCAACGACUUAUUUCAUUCCAGGCCGUGAGAGUUGUUUUAUCUUUCGCUGCAUGAGGUAUAUGUGCCUAACUCAGGACAACUGCUUUGCUGCUCGGCCCUUAUUUUCCUGGGACGUCUGACUGUUAUCAUUAAUUCAAGGAUUGAUACCUAUUGAACAAAACAUUUUCGUAGCCUGUCUUUGAUUUGGACUCGAGAGCUUUCCAAAUUCUUUCAUAGUGAGACCGAACUAAACCAAAACAAAGAGUCUCGUGUUCCUUGUUGACUGUUUUGCUUGUUUUUCUUCUCUUGUUUCUAUCACACUUGAGAUAAAAUAAUAAACAUUGUCAAAACGCGUUGGUA